UUGCACCGCAAAUGGGGAGAAAUCAAGCUUGUUCAGCGAUGGAAAUGGCAAGACGGAGCUGUAGGAACUCGUUGGGAUUUCUCCUGCUACUCUUGGUGGAUUUACUCGGAAUCACAGCUUCUAAUAUGGAGCCAAUCUACUGGAACUCUCUAAACAAAAGGUUUAGAGAUGAUAGGGGUUACAUUCUGUACCCUCAAAUAGGAGAUCGUCUGGACCUCAUCUGUCCAGCGUCGGACCCUCCAGGGCCACACGCCCCAGCUGAUUAUGAGUACUAUAAGCUGUACUUGGUGUCAUCUCGCGAGCAGGCGGACAUGUGUGAGGUGACGGGAGCUCCGAACCUGCUGCUCACCUGCGACAAGCCCAACAGUGACAUGCGCUUCACCAUCAAGUUCCAGGAGUACUCACCCAACCUGUGGGGGCACGAGUUCAAAACCAUGCAUGACUACUACAUUAUCGCCACAUCGGAUGGUACACGUCAAGGCUUGGAGAGCAUGAGGGGAGGGGUGUGCGCCACAGAGGGCAUGAAGGUGGUACUCAAAGUUGGACAAAGUCCUUAUGGAUUGCCCCCCAAGUCAGGAAAAACAGAACAGACGGGACACAACAGACGUCCAGGGUCUACUGGAAACAACACAUUACCCAAAGUGCCUAGUGGAGGCGGAGCUACAUCAGGUGGCGAGAAUGGCCCUCUUCCUGCCUCCAAUAUCGCUUUGAUCGCUGGCGCAGCCGGAGGCUCCGCUUUCCUCCUCCUGGUCACCGCCGUAAUCUGUGUGGUGUGCUACCGCCGGCGUCACUCGAAGCAUUCGGAAUCACACCACCCACCUCUCUCUCUCUCCUCCCUGACCUCGCCCAAGCGUGGUGGUGGAGGCGGGGGUAACAACAACGGCUCCGAGCCCAGUGACAUCAUCAUCCCGCUGCGUACUUCGGACUCUGCGUACUGCCCACACUACGAGAAGGUGAGCGGUGACUAUGGGCACCCGGUCUACAUCGUCCAGGAGAUGCCACCUCAGAGCCCAGCCAACAUCUACUACAAAGUAUGAGGACGAGCAAACGGAUGAUGCCAGCCUGCAGUACCCAGAGUGUGCCACCCUCACCUACUACCUAAACCAUAGCAGUAUGAAGCAAACCUUUCCCUGUAUCUGCAGUACUAGCUCUGACUGUGACUCUCCCGAACCCUCUUACUGAAACCCACUACAUGCACACAUACAUAUAUUAAUGCAGACACACAUGAGGAGUUUGUAUUAAAAUCCUUGUGUCAUUUGGAGCAAGAGAUGCUCUAAAUGUUAAACGAGACCCCCUUCAGAGCCGAAAACACAUGGAAAUAAACCUGAAAGGCUUGAUGACUCCCGGAGGUGUGUAAAAGAAACAUGGCAGAAAAUACACCUUUGUGAAUGAUCAACAACAACAAGAGAAAAAAAAGAUUGUCACAAAGUAAACUGUCUAUCCAGACUUGAAAUACUACAAUAAUUUACAAAUAGCAGUUUAGUUUCAUCGUUUGUGUUUGUUAUUCCUCAACUAAAAAGAGGAGGCCCCGGCUCAGCCAAUUACAGAGCAGGCUGUUGUCACAUGACCCUGUGAUCGGUGGAUUAGUAGGAGAGUCGAAAAUCUUGUAUAUUUUCAUAACGUGUAUUUUGUGAGUGUGUAGGGUAAUAAGUACGGCACUGCCGGCGCACA